GUACGAGGGACCACUGUGGUGUCCAAGCUAUGGCUCCUCGUUUUGGUUUAUCGAAGCUCGCGCGAGGAGCGGGCAUUCCUCCUGAAGAUGAUCACAAAGUUUACGGCUUUCCUCUUCUUCUGCGCGAUGCCGUUUCGGAUCUAUUCCCUUGAGCAUGCAGAAACCCACAGCGCAGCCAGCGUCACGCUGGGUCCGCUGUAUUUUGUGAUGCUCAUCGUGGGCUUCUUGGGAAUUCCCGGCCUUGCCAGACUUCCUGGUGGCCUUUUCCUCGUACAGGUCAUUCUUUGCCGUGGCUGUGCAUGGCCUGGGAUUGGGUGGCGAAACAUACGCUGCAGGCCCAAGUGCUUGGAGCCUGCGGGUGACUGCGACCCCUCCUCCUCCAGUCAAGGGGAAUCCACCGACUGA